AUGGCUAAUUUAAACAAUUCUAAAUCUAACUUCACUCAGACUCUAUUGAUGGUGGAUCGAGAUGCACCAAUGAAGGCAUUUUUAUUUGUGCCCCCAUGUGUUAUCUUCCUAUUUGUCAAUGGAGUCAUGAUUUUUACCUUAAGGAAAAAGACAUUUUUUAAGGAGACAUCUCGCUAUAUUCUGUUUGGUCACAUGCUUUGGGUUGAUACACUCAAUCUUAUUAUGAGUGUAGUGUUGUAUUUAUAUGGCAUUAGUAGGCUUUCUAUAAUGAAAAAUGUCUGUCUCAUCCUUCUCGUUGCUGCAACAGCCCUCUUUCAGGUUUCUACCCUAAAUCUGGCUUUGAUGUCACUGGAAAGAUAUGUGGCCAUCUGCUUCCCUCUCAGACAUGCAGAUAUCACGACUUAUGGAAGAACUCACAUGGCCAUUGGUGUUGUCUGGAUGAUAGGCUUGAUUCAAUCCCUGUCUGAAAUGAUUAUUUUCUAUGCCAUUGAUUCCACAAACACAGCAAUGAAUUUGUUCUGUUCGAGAACCACUCUUUUCAGGCUGCAGAUAUAUAAGAAACUCGAUAUAGCCUUUACUUGUAUAUUUUUUGUGUCUGUGUGUUUUAUUAUUAUCUUUACCUAUGCAUCUAUAGCAAUUGUGGCUAAAUCAGCCUCCGGUGAUAAGGUGUCGGCCAAAAAAGCCAACAAGACUGUACUGUUACAUCUAAUACAACUGGGUCUUGGUGCUGCAUCCAUUUUAGUUGGAGUUAUCCAAGAGGCUAUUUUUGUUUAUACCGACUAUAUGACUUCAUUAAAUGUAAUGUAUUUUUGCUUUUUAGUGUUUAUAAUUUUCCCAAGGUGUCUAAGUCCUCUUAUAUAUGGCCUGAGAGACCAAGCUUUUAGUAGUCUGUUUAAAUACUACUUCACAUGUGGUAAAGGCAAAAUCAAACCAGUUGUCAUAGAAGGACGCGUUUAG